UGUGUAUGUGUUGCAGAUGGCGACAGUUACUGUUAAAAAGGAGGAGGAGGAGGAGGAGGAUGAUGAUAGCAGCCAGCAACCAGCUGCAGUGGAAGAUGAUUGCAGCCAACAACAUUAUCUAAUCCCUGGCUACAACAUGAUCUUCAUCAAAGAGGAGGCAUAUGACGAUCAAGAGGGUGAAGGAAGUGCAGUGAAGAGCGAACCAGAGACGUGGCCUUCAAACUACAGCACAUCUGGCCGAGACUAUGCAACAGAAGUGGGUGGACUGAAUGAGCAUUCAAUCUCUCCAGUGGAAAAGUGCACUGAGUCAUCUGUGGCUGGUAAACAGACCAAGCUCUACAGCUGUGCUCACUGUAGCUAUAAAACACCACAGUUUGGUAAUUUGAAGAGACAUAUUAGAAAACACACUGGAGAAAAGCCAUUCAAUUGCAAGUUUUGUGACUACAAAAGUUCUGAGUUAGGUAGAUUGAAAGAACAUAUCAGAACACAUACUGGAGAAAAACUUUUCAGCUGCGAUAUUUGUGACUACAAAAGUGCUAGGUUAUGUAAUUUGAAAGAACAUACCAGAACACAUACUGGAGAAAAACCUUUCAGCUGCGAGUUUUGUGACUUCAAAAGUGCUAGGUCAGGUGAUUUGAAGAAGCAUAUCAGAACACAUACUGGAGAAAAACCUUUCAGCUGCAAGUUUUGUGAAUUUAAAUGUGCUGAUUCAAGUAAUUUAAAAAAACAUAUCAGAACUCAUACAGGAGAAAAACCUUUCAGCUGCGAUAUUUGUGACUACAAAAGUGCUAGGUUAGGUCAUUUGAAAAAACAUACCAGAACACAUACUGGAGAAAAACCUUUCAGCUGCGAGCUUUGUGACUUCAAAAGUGCUCAUUUAGGUGAUUUGAAGAAGCAUACCAGAACACAUACUGGAGAAAAACCUUUCAGCUGCAAGUUUUGUGAAUUUAAAUGUUCUGAUUCAAGUAGUUUAAAAAAACAUAUCAGAACUCAUACAGGAGAAAAACCUUUCAGCUGCGAGCUUUGUGACUUCAAAAGUGCUCAUUUAGGUGAUUUGAAGAAGCAUACCAGAACACAUACUGGAGAAAAACCUUUCAGCUGCAAGUUUUGUGAAUAUAAAUGUGCUAAUUCAAGUAAUUUGAAAAAUCAUAUUAGAACUCAUACAGGAGAAAAACCUUUCAGCUGCUAGCUUUGUGACCAUAAAAGUGCUGUCUUAGGUGAUUUGAAAAAACAUACCAGAACACAUGCAGGAGAAACAACUCCUAGCUAAGCAUUUUUAGGGCCGGUUUCCAAGCUCAGGAUUUAGAUGAGUUCUAGACUUUAAACAGCUGGAGUCAGAAAAUUUGCUUUCCAAAAUGGGGCAUAGUCAUAGUUUCUAUGAUAAUUUUUUUUCUCAUUUCUAGAAUUUAGAAACGUUUUUCCUUGUCGAAAUGAUACAUUCCUAAAUAUUUCAAAAUAUCUGAAACUUUACACUAUUUUUUUCAUUUUGUGUUCAAUUUUAUAGUUUUUUUUUUGUAAUUUAAACAUGGACUAUGACUACACUUCGUUUCAGAAAGCCAAUUUUCUGACUCCAGCAGUUUAAAGUCUAGAACUUAGCUAAAUCCCAAGUUCAGAAACUGGCCCUUACAAUGGCUAGUCUCGUAUAGAAUAGUUAUGUCCAAAAGUCACAUACUUUUCAAGAUAUAUGCGAAAACCUAAAAAAAUUUUACCUUUGACAUUUUAACCAUUCCCACCCCCCUUAGAACAGGGGCUAGGAGUGGAGACUCUUGAUAUAUGUCUAUCAACUUAUUACCCUAAACAGAGCUGUGGGGUCAAAGAUAGUCUGCCAGACAUUUCCACUGUACCCUAUUUAGAGCAUUUAUUGCCUGUACUAUAAAUGUUUAGGGAUGAAACAAAAAACAAACAUUCAACAAUCUCAAAAUAUUAUAUUCACAUUGUUCAUCACACUGAAUCUACAGAAUGGGUGAAAAAUCCGAGAACGGCUUAAUAUCUCAUACACAAAGGUAAUUUGAUGGUGGGUGUGAUUGGGGAUCUUAUUCAAAUUGAAAAAACUACUUUACAAUAAUUUUAAAUAUCUGGAUCCGCCAUAUUGAAUGCAACUUCAUUUUUUUAAAUAGGAAGGUGGUCAUGCAAUACAUGAUUUCAAUAUGGAAUUUCAAGAAAAAAUGAAUGCCAGAAACCCCAUAUCGUUAUCUCAAACCGUUUCGGAAAUAUUCACAUUAUUAAUCAAUACUAUU